UUAAUUUAUACUCUUCCGCCCUCUAGUGGAGAAAAGUUAAAUGGACUCAAAGCCGUGCAGUUCUAACGCUUUCAGAUCUGUUUUGAAGUCAGUUUCCGUUUCUCCCAUUCCCUGAAACGUUUACCAUGGCUGACCUGAGACCAGCCCUCUCUGCGCCGCUCAUUGUGACCGUCCCCUACACAACCUUCCUACCGACAACGUGGCAACAGUCAGAGUAUGCAAGUUGCCCCUUUUCCCCCAACCCAACAACAUGAAGCCACUAUGGAGGACCCGGUUUGUCCUGUACAUCACGGAGAAUGUGAGUGUUUUUUUUUUCUGUAAUCAACCAGAGGAUGGAUCUCAGCAGGAACAGCAGUCAGGGCGUGUUCCACUGUUUACCUAAAACUCCCUGAGAACACUCAUUGGACGCAAAGGAUGAAGGGAUUUUCAUCGUUAGGGCAACCACCGUCGAUCUACCACACGCUUCUUUGAUAAUCUCUAAUCUUUAAAACAAAAUAAUAUUUUUCAAAAUGAAAACUUUUUUCUUGAGUUUUGAUCCUGUUUUAUUCUCAUUCAGACUGUUUCUGCCACCGCGAGUUGCCCACGCAAAUUUCUGUUUUGGGUCACAGUGUGUGAACUUUCUCCUCUCGUUAUCAGACUGACUAGUUAUCAGCUCAUGUUGUGUGUUUCUGCUGAAUGAUGUGGCAGCUGUGGGUGUACUUUGCCUUCCUGUGAAAUGUCUGAGCUGUGUUAGAGUCUAGUCUUAGAGAUGUACCAGAGGGGCCACCAGGUGCCUGAUUCCGGCCGCCGUUCCCACAGAAAGAAAGACAAGGAGCAUUACUCCAGGUCUGCUCAGCAGGAGCGGGAUCUGAACUAUCCUAUGUCGGACCAACACUGGGAUCGUCCCGAUGCAAGCUACAUGAGCCACUUCACCAGCCCACCUGCCAGACCUCAGCUGCUUCCAUACAACUCCCAGGAAUAUGCAUAUGGAUAUGGGUGGCAGGAGCAUCACAGACCUCAGUCCAGGCACGGCUAUGACUACUCCUCUCAACACCACUGGGAUUACCGAGACGGCUAUGGCUAUUAUGACUACUACAGAGGCCACCAUGCACAGCAAGAUGGUGUACAGUGGGGUCCCCAAGAAUCAUGGCAAACCAAUCAGUACCCUGACAGGACCCAUAUGCAGGGACAUGGAGCGAGCCUCAAUUCAGAGGAGCACAGAUAUGACCAGAGGAGGGACAUCUCCCAGCGUUACCUCAGUGAUUAUGAAGCUAACCCUUCCAGAGACAAUGAGGAGAUUUCCUCUUAUCACCCCGGGACUCUAGAGAGUUCCAAAACCUCAGGCCUGUCUUCCAGCAGCUAUGAGCUGAGUCAGUACAUGAACGGAUCUGAUGUCCUUGAUUCAGACAUGCAGCCUGUCCUCAGCUCUGACGGAGAGCACCCAGCAGUGCGUCAGACCGCGGCUCCUCUGAAGUAUUCAGUCCCUCACGCAGUGGUGAGCUUCGGGCCCGUGGGCCAGCUCAUACGGGUCACUCCAGCCCUGUCAGCGCAGGAGAAAUCCAGUCGGCUGGAAAUCCACAGUUUGGAACUCAUACUGAGUGAGACGCAGGAACAGCGGGAGUUGAGAAACUUCCCAGGGCCUUUAACUCGGGAAGAUUUGCAUAAAGUGGAUGCAAUAGACUUUGCUCAUCAAAAGGCAGGAGUCUGCAUGAGGGACGGCCAGCUGGCAGAUAGAAGCUCUGCUGCCCUCUUGUGGAACCUUCUGAUACUUCUCUGCAGACAGAAUGGACAAAUAGUUGGCUCAGAUAUCGCUGAGCUCCUGAUGCAGGAUUCCCAUUCAGAUGGAAGCUGGAAGCCAGAUGUCCCCACACUCAUCGACUUCGACGAGCAUCCAGCCGCCGAAGCGCCGCCUGCCGGCGGAGAUGAUCUGCUCACAGGAGAUCCCAGCAGCUCUGGUGCAGAGAGACCAGAGAGGGCGCUGCAGAGCUACACUCAGCUGCUGCUGGCUGGAAGGAAGAAGGAGGCCUUGGAGUCUGCCAUGUCCAGCGGUCUGUGGGGGCAUGCACUUUUUCUGGCCAGCAAGAUGGGCAGCAGAUCAUAUAUCACAGUACUGAACAGGUUUACAAGCCAGCUAGUAGCAAAUGAUCCCCUCCAGACUCUCUUCCAGCUUCUGUCUGGGAGAAUCCCAGCUGCAUCUGCGUGCUGUGGGAAUGAAAAGUGGGGCGACUGGCGGCCCCAUCUGGCCGUGAUGCUCUCCAACGAGACAGGAAGUGGCGCCGUACAGCAGAAGGCCAUCCUCACCAUGGGGGACUCACUCGCCUCCAGGGGCCUGACGCAUGCGGCCCAUGUGUGUUACCUGACGGCCGCUGCUUCCUUUGGCCUGUUUCCACAGAAGGCAGAGAGACUCGUGCUUCUAGGCAGCAGCCACAGGCAGCCUUUUGGAAACUUUGCGUCAAAUUCUGCCAUCCAGUGUACUGAGCUAUAUGAGUACUGUCAGACGCUCGGAGGAAAGUCAUUUUCAAUCCCAUCAUUUCAGGUGUAUAAGUUCCUGUAUGCCAGUCGGCUGUUGGACUGUGGGCUUUCAUCUCAGGCCUUUCAUUACUGUGAGGUGGUAGGGCAGGCCGUGCUCAGGCAGCAGGAGCCUCACUGUGUGCUGAUGGAGGAGCUUAUUAAGCUGUCAGACAGACUGAGGUUCUCCGAGGGUCAGUACAGUGAAGCUGGGUUUACUGCAGCAGAACAGGAACCAGAGUGGCUCAAACACCUUCGGACACGACACCAACGCUUGCAGAUGGGGAUUUAUGACGGUACUGAUAUAAAUCAAGCAGCUCCUGCAAACCAUGCCCUGGCCUACGAGAACAGCCAACUGGACCUGGAAUCUGAUCUGGAUGAUUUAAGUUGUCACUACCAGAAUCCGGAGCCUGAGUUUCUCUAUUUUCAAAGUUCUGAGCAUCAGGAGAGCCUCAUUCAUGGGAGUGGAGAGGAAACGCAGGAAGUGAUGUCAAACACUGACACAGAAACACAGCAAAGGCCUCAUGCCGAUGCUCCCUCCAUGCCAACAAUAGCAGUUCAUGCUCCCUCUGCUCCCGCCGGCCAAAACUUCAGUCAUCAUUACACGGAUGGUGUUGAAGUCAGGAGUUCCAUGCCACAUUGUCCUCUGAGUAAUGUUUCUCUGGCAGCUGAUGAGGCAGACUCGUCUUCCAGGACCGGGACGAUGCUUGAGGUUAGCUUCGGUCAUAAUCCAAACCAGCGGGUCGUCACUGGCGCUGUGGAGGAGCCUGAGGGGCCCAAAGAGGUUCCUAAACAGAGCACCAAGGCUGGGUGGUUCAGUGGCUGGUUCAAAUCCAAACCAAAAGAGGUCCAGGAAAAUACAGAGAAAGACAUCCCAGCUCAGACGGACCAGCUCCCAGCUGCUGGCCAACACCCUCCUCCUCCACCUGCUGCUCUCCCUGCUGCCACCUGUCCAGCAUCCCCAGCUGGGAUGAAUCCUUUCUCAAGGAGAGCAGGCCUGCAGCCAAGGUAGUAAAAGCUGCAUAACUCCAUCAAAGUUGAUUACCCUUAAAUCGAAGUGAGGACUUUGUGCACAUAUACCGCCACCAGGAAGAACUGUAUACUGCUUGCUUGCACAGAUGAUUCUUUCUCCGGGGUUCCGUUUCAGACCCUUGCAGCGGACUCACCAUCAUGUUCCGUGCAUGGAACAGAAAUACUCGCAACUCAAAUAGCAGCGGCUGUGACAGCCAAGGUAUGCUUCCUGAGAGCUGACUGUUGGGAAAUCACCAGGGGCCGGGGGGGAGGGCAGGACAGCAUCUCUGACCCCAGUGACUACAGCCUAGAAGUGACUGGAAUCAGUUUUAUCAGCAGCAAAGAUGCGAGUUUUCACAUGACACAUAAAGUUAAAGCCAACUCAAAGAACCUGUGCCCACUAGCUGAUGAUUUAAGUUGUGCGUAGCGAUCAUUUUGUGCUGAUUAUCAGUCAUUUGAAUGUAGAAGAAAGUGGUAAGUCUAACAGAUCCGCGGUGUUAUUUGUAAUCUGGGUAAGAGCCACCGCUUUAAAACACACAAAUGAAACACUUUCAUCAGUAUAGCUUUCUCUACUUGAGGUAAUCUUUAGCCAUUCUGACUCUCUUAAGAAUUUUAUGUAAAUGCUUUGUUGUUGCAAUUGCAAAAUGCACAAACUGCG